UCAGUUAUUUGUACAGUAAAGCUGACGAGCUAAAGCGUGUUUUUCAAAAUGUUUAAAUUGUGCGUCGUCCUCGCCUUCAUUGUUGCGACAUGUUACGGAGGAACUCUAGAGCGUACCUCCUCAACAUGUGGACAAAUACCCAGAGAAUUAACCGCAUGCCUAGACCUGCAGCCAGCUGUCAGUCCCGAGAUUCAGGAGAAAUGCAGAAGGUCAAGUGAGUGCGAAAGAUUGACCUGCACAUUCCGGGAAUACAACUUGUUGGACGGUGCAGAAGUUAACAAGGAGAGGACGGCGGCGUUUUUGGACAACUUUGUGAAGCAAUACCCGAGUUGGGAGGAUGCUAUCGAUAUUGCGAAGAGCUCUUGUCUGCGUUCCAGCGGCCUGAAGCCACAGGGAGUGUACCUGGACUGCCCGGUUUAUGACAUCAUACAGUGUGUGUUCGCGAACUUAGUCAAGAACGCCCUCCCAUCCCAGUGGUCCAGCAUGUCUCAAUGUAACCACGCUCGCGAGUUCGCAGCGGCCUGCCCCAUCUGCCCAGACGCCUGCUUCGCGCCUUUAGUGUCCAUCGGCACAUGCAACGCCUGCUCGCCUGUGCGUCGCAGCUCCUAAACUUUUCAAAUAAAAACAUACUUAUUUACAUACAUUA